UUAAACGAUAUUGACAGUCAGUGGUAUUCCAUAUUGAUGCGAUUAAAAAAUAAUUUUUACGUGUUUUUCACAAAAAUAAGUUAUUUACGGCUUUGUAAGAUAUUUUUACGUCUUUUUGAAUAAAAUUACGUGUUUUAAUGAAUAUUUGUGAGUGAUGGUGCCCCGGAUUCAAAAUGAAAUAUCCUCCUGAGGUGACCUGUAUAGUCUGCCAACUUGUAUUCUGCUGCGCCGACUGCCGCCGGCGACACGAGCGAACCGCCCACGAUCUCCCCUACGACUGUCCCAUCUGCCGCGAAAAUCCCUUCCUCUGCCAACCGGACCAACUUUGUCCGGCUUUCCUCAUCCACUUAGAGGAGCAUCUACCUCUGCAUUGCUCUAAGUGCGAAAAAGUGUUCACAACCAUGGAUGAGCUGAUUGAUAUAGACAAAUGCACAAGCCUUUCAGAACUGGUUGACAACAGUAAAUCGAGUUUGAAUGUAGCAGAUGAGCGCUUCGAUUCGCUCUAUGAGAGGAUAAUUGAAGAUAAGAGUGAAGAAGUGGAGAAGAAUAAUAAGACAGCUGUUAUUACUCCUAUAGUUAGGAGGAAGUUUUUAGUUGAUUAUGAACCCAGUGAUACGGAGCCGGAAGAUGGAGACGCAAGUCCAAAGGUAUCAUUCACCGGAAUGGUGGCGUCCAAGACGCCCCGCCUGAAACGCAGCGCCACUCCCCACGUGAAGAAACUUUUGUUAGCUCGGCAGCAAGCGAUAGACGAAGAUGGCCGCGGGUCACCGGACCUUGACACUGGGACUAUCGAAGCAGAGAUGACAACACCAAAUUCCCGUCCACAAUCCCUCGCUGCCGCUGCAUUAGCCGUGACCACGAGCACCCCAACUCAUUCUGUACCUGGAGGAUGGGACAUGUUUUCCACACAGACUGAUUCGCCGCUAUCAGAGAUCGAGCAGGCUGACAGUCCACAGCCUGAUAACAGGACAGAGGAACCUACAGAGCAGACAGAACCCGAACCAACUGAGCCAACCGGCGAGAUCACCGAAAAUACGGAGCAGUCUGACAGCAAGCCUAAACUGAAGAGCAUCAUCUCGAGCCGGCGCGUGGGCAGCGUGGACAGUGCAGAGCAGGAUACUAGGACCAAACGGGUCAAGUUUGCCGAUGAUACUGUGUUCCAGCCUGAGCCGCGGCUUAAGAGAGGAACACCGGAACAGUCUGGCAGCAAGCCUAAACUGAAGAGCAUCAUCUCUAGCCGGCGCGUGGGCAGCGUGGACAGUGCAGAGCAGGAUACUAGGACCAAACGGGUCAAGUUUGCCGAUGAUACUGUGUUCCAGCCUGAGCCGCGGCUUAAGAGAGUGUUCCGCAAACCAAAACGCAUGCUCACCCCCGGUCCAACGAAAGCCCGCUUCAACGUCAACCCCCGAUUCCAAGCUCUCAUCAAUCGCUUCGAACAGAACGCCUUUAGCCCCCACACCUCCCAAACUUCGAACACCACGGAUCGGACCCCUAACACCACUCGAACCCCGGACACCAUGGCGCGCACACCGAUCAACAACCGCCAAGAAACUGACAACGUGCCGAGGGCUAUUGACUUUAAGGACAGUCCUCUUGAGCUGAAGAAUAGUUUAGUGGACGAUAAUAGGGACGCGUCUUUCAAGUCUUGUGUGGCGACGCCUGGUGGGAUUGAUACAGCUAUUACGGCGCUUUCUACUAACAUUGCAGGAUCUCUUCAAACCUGCAUCUCCAACGUCCUAAAACAUACAGAGGAAGAAACUGAAAUUCAGUUUAAAUUCACUAUCACGAAGAAGAAAACCAUGCAGCGACCGGUGGAAGUAGAAGGGACAGCGAGGGACCAGGAGAAGGAGAAUCUUUGGGCCACUGUUGCCAAAGCAGUGAAGAACGCCUUUUGGGGGGAAGGCGGGGGGGAAUUUGAUACUCCUCACAAGUCCAUUUCAUCAGGCAGUUCCUCUUCAUCCAAGAGGAAACAGCCGGACCGCUCCCGCUCGCCCAGCCCGCUUAGCCAUAAGAGAGGAAAAUAUGAACCGAGGCUACGAGGCCGUCCACCACUUCGUCAAGGCCUGCCGUUGACUGCUAGGCUGGCUAAGCAUGAUGUUACUAGUCAUAGCUUUUGAUCUAGUAAUGAACACAUUUUAUCUAGCAAGGGAUUUAAAGUCGCAAUCGACUCAGUCGCAAGCUUUGGAAGUACAAGCCGUGAUCUUCUUAAUAUCGUUAAUCUCACUAAGCUACAGAAGAGAAAAAUAUGAACUGAGGUUGCAAGGCCGUCCGCCGCUACGAUAAGGCAUGUCGUUGACUGCUAGGCUGGCUAAGUCAUAGCUUCUGAUCUGUUUAUGAAGAGCCCUUGGUAAGAAGUGAGAUAUAUACAACCCAAGAGGCAAAUCUGACCGUCCAACAACAAGUUUGCCGUUGAAUGCUAAUCUAGUGAGCGAUAACUUCAAUUAAUAGCUAGUCACAAGUUCUGAUUGACAAAGAACCUGCUUAGCAAGAAUAGCAAGAGCCAAGGUUAUGCAGCCGUCCACCGCUUCGACAGGGCUCUGCCAGCAAGAUAUGACGUCAUAUCUUGUGACCAGUAAAGGCGAAAAGACUAUAGAGGCUGCCAGCUGGUUCGUUCAGGCUAUUAGCCAGUUUCUGAUACCAAACAAUAAAAAAAUGGGAACUUCGCUCAGGCUUGCCAUUGCCUGCUAGCGAGAGAUGAUGUUGGCGAGAGACCAAGGCCAAUAAGUUUACUGUUACUGGCAAAAGCAUUUUUAUUCAACGGUCUUCUCUUCUUUCUCUUUGCCCUAUUCCCAUUAUUUGGGGUCGGCUCUCCUCGUUCUCAUGCGCCAGGACCGUCUGUCCUGAGUUGUCCUUGGGGUAAGUUGGGCUCGUUCCAAGUCGCGGGUCACAGUAGACCACCACGUGGCUUUAGGUCUUCCUUGUCUGUUUGCUUCCCUGUUCGGCAAUGCCAAGGCUUGCCGAACUACGUGGUCUUCGGGGCGUCUCAUCACGUGGCCAUACCAGCGAAGCCUACUUUCCAUGACUUUAUCUGUGAUGGGUGCAACUUUGUAACUACCUCUGAUGUAUUCAUUUUCAUUUAACGGUAAGCUCUUUUAAUCAAAAUCAUAAGCAAAAGUUUAUUACGAUUUUAAUUUCCAUUUUUGAAUAAUGUAGGGUAAGUAUGUAUUAAUAUUUGUAACAUAAGAUUGUAAUUAAUAUUCGUAUCAUUAAUAUAACAUAAUAACAUAACGUAUAAUUAUAGCUAGAAAUGUUAUAUUUGUUUCAUCAUUUUAAAUUAUCUCAAUCUAUUUUAAUAACAAAACUUCCGUGAGACACAGACAUAUUAAAUA